CUUUUUAACAAAAUAAUAUGCAAGAAUCACUUGCAUUAUUGAUGGUUACCUCCCAAGUAACUCAUAUGCAUAUUCAUAUAAUCAAAACAAAAAGAAAAAAUGAAAAAUAAAAAUAUAUUGUCCAUCUCUCUUUCAGAUAUACAAAUUGGUUUCUACCAAACUUUUGUAACACAUAUCCAUAUCUACCUAUCUAUCUGUACCGAACAGAUGAGAUGAAGUUUUGUCCCUUCGAAAUCUAAUAUGAGAUGAAGUUUUUACAAUCAUAGUAAACACUGUAUGUCUCCAAAUAUCUAAGAAACGAAAAAAUGAAAAAUAAAAUCUAUUGUCCAUCUUUAUAUGAGAUGAAGAUGCCAAUAUUAUCAUCCAAUAAAGCAGAAGCGAGAAAAUGAAGGAGAUGGGGUUGCUAUCAAACAACAAAGCAACGCCCACGUGAAGGGAUAACCAAAUAGGCCUUAGACUUGGUCCCUUUCGUUUUCUCUUCCCACUUUUCUUCUCUUAGCUUUCACCACUUUUUUUCAUUACCCUAAAUCUGUAUCACUCCCACAAACUCCAGCUUAUCCCUUCCACACCACACUUACUAAGCCUUUUCAAUAAAAGCACUUCCUUAUUACUUAAUAAAAAGGGCUUGUUGCAUCCACAACUAGCCAGCCACUAUGGUACAUACAUGGUAGUUAAGAAAAACACAGAUUUCGACUAAAACUUAAAUUUUAUGAGCGAAGAGUUAAUUGCUUGUACGAGUCUUGUAGAUUAAGCUGAACUCGGUAUAAUGAGACUACAAGUUCACUUACCUUUGAUGAAAAAAUCAUACAAACUAACUUUCCUCCCAAACCAAACAAUUAAUAUUUUUCUUUGCUCUUAAAGUUAAAAGUUUAAAACUGAAUUCAGAAUUACGUACAUUUGUUAACAAUAGUGAAUACAGUUAUAUAAAAAAAAAACUAAACACCAAACUUUUUCAGUCCUUCUUCUAAGCUUUCUUUCAACCAUACAUUGCACAUGCAUUAAAAACCAUGUUUUCUUUUAAAUUUAAUUUUAUCAUUACAUUCAAUAUAUAUAUAUAUAAUAGUGAAUUUAGGUAACAUUCACUUCCAUAAAUUUUGGUAUUAUGUUCAGUAAAUGUUAUUCAAAGCGAAUAUGUGUAUUCUGUUCCACAAUAUUAAAAGAUGAUAUAUACCAAAACUUAUCAUCGAUCAUGUUAUAGUUUUAAUAGUUUUUGUGAAAUAUCUAAAUUAACUAAAUAUAAAUUGAAAACUUUCAUUAAUAAUAAUGAAAGUGAAUCUAACAAAAGCAUUAGCCAUGUUCCCCCCCUGCUUUUGUUUUGGACAACCUUUUGAAGCAGAAGGUAGGGUAACCCCAACCGAAGGAGCUAAUCCAUAUUAGUAACGACCGAACCAAUCCAUAUUAGAAAAUACCAUCUCUCUUUAUUUCUAUUUAAAUAGUACUAAAAGAUAUUUACGGAAGUGAUAGAGUUAUAUGAUGUAUAGUUAAAAGAAAAACAUAUAGUACUUUAAAAAAAUAUUUUCUACAAUAUCUUUUGUCCAUCUUCCUCUAGCUAUCAACCUUUAUAGCACAAGCACACACAACCACUAAUGAACCAAAGGGCUUGAGUGAAGAAAGGAAAAGGAAGAUUCUGUUUUCGUUACCUAUUUCUCUCUUGAAUCUAAUGUUUCCUUCUCUAGAUACCAAUGGCUAUGACCUCUUUGAUCCCUUCAUUCCCCAUCAAACAACCAUGUUUCCUUCUUUCAUUACUCACAUUCAAAGCCCUAAUUCUCACCAUCACUACUCUUCGCCUUCUUUUCCUUUCUCUUCCGAUUUUCUUGAGAGUUUUGAUGAAUCCUUCUUGAUAAACCAAUUCUUGUUACAGCAGCAAGAUGUAGCAGCAAAUGUUGUUGAAUCUCCUUGGAAAUUUUGCAAGAAGCUUGAGCUUAAGAAGAAGAAUGAGAAGUGUGUUGAUGGAAGCACCUCACAAGAGGUUCAAUGGAGAAGGACGGUCAAAAAAAGGGACAGGCAUAGUAAGAUCUGCACGGCUCAAGGUCCUAGAGACCGGAGGAUGAGGCUGUCUCUUCAGAUUGCUCGCAAGUUUUUCGAUCUUCAAGACAUGUUGGGUUUCGACAAGGCGAGCAAGACGAUUGAAUGGCUUUUCUCCAAAUCAAAGACUUCCAUCAAACAACUUAAAGAAAGAGUGGCUGCAUCGGAAGGAGGAGGAAAGGAUGAACAUCUCCAGGUUGAUGAAAAGGAAAAGGAUGAGACACUGAAGUUGAGAGUCUCAAAGAGAAGAACAAAGACUAUGGAGAGCUCUUUUAAGACUAAAGAGUCGAGAGAGAGAGCUAGAAAGCGAGCAAGAGAGAGAACAAUGGCAAAGAUGAAGAUGAGAUUAUUUGAGACCUCGGAAACAAUUUCAGAUCCUCAUCAAGAAACUAGAGAGAUCAAGAUAACCAAUGGUGUACAAUUACUAGAAAAGGAAAAUAAAGAACAAGAAUGGAGUAAUACUAAUGAUGUUCACAUGGUAGAGUAUCAAAUGGAUUCUGUGAGCAUCAUAGAGAAGUUUCUUGGACUAACCAGUGACUCUAGCUCCUCUUCCAUUUUUGGUGACUCCGAGGAAUGUUACACAAGUCUUAGUUCAGUAAGAGGUACAAUUUCAGCAGCAGGAAUGUCGACACCAAGGGAACACAACACAACUUCAAUAGCAACGGUGGAUGAGGAGAAAAGCCCCAUAUCAUCUUUCUCUCUAUAUGAUUAUCUCUGCUACUGAUGAGUGAUGAUCAUGAUCGGCUCCAUCCUUAUAAGUUAUUUGGACUUUAUGAUCUAUGCAUCAACAUAAGAGCCUCAGGAUAGCCAAAUAGCUAGAUUUCAUUUGUUUGAGGCUUUGGAGUACCGCUUGAUUUGUGUGUGUGAACGACAGGGUUUGGUCUGCCUAAUUUGUUUGAGGCUUUAAAGUACCGCUUGAUUGAUGGAUAUCUCUAUUUUGCUGGUUUCAUUUCUUGCAAAUUUCUAAUUCUCUGGCAUUUUUUUUGUUGUUGCUUGUCUUCUGUUGGGAAAAUUUUAAAAACACAGCAAACUUAUAAGAUUGUGAUGGACACAAUCACUAGUCUAAGUAAAGAAGCUUUAACAAUCACAUUCCAAGAUGUGUAAGAUAAGACAAUAAUUUAGAUAAGUAAUAAUUUCUACUGAUUUUGUCAAUUAAUCGUAUGUAUGAGUAUUAUUAACUAGUGUUCUAAAAACCACUUACAUUGUAUUUAUGUAUCAUACACAUGUAAUGAUUUUUUCAUAAACGUUGUGUCUAGCUACUGGAAACCGUUUGCAAACUAGACAUUGAUUAAUCAUUUGAGUCGGAUUUGGCGGCUUAAACAGAAUUGUUUUAAGCGGGUUAUAUAAGCUAAGUUACUUGUCUAGAUACCAAUUAGUCGUUCUUAGAUUACAUAUAUAUAUAUAUAUUUUAGAAAAACUAUUGUGAUUACAAAUUCUCCCAUCAUGUCAAAUUUUCUCGCAAAUUUUCAAUCAUUGUUUUUCUUCUACGUUCUUGAGUUGGGGUGCAGUGAUAUGCUUGAAUUCACACUAGGUUCUUUCUUAGAAAAUAAUACACUUCCUUAAGACGAUGUUUUAGUAUAAUGUAAUUUUUAUUGGUUUGAUUUUUGGAUUAUUAUAUAGUCUUAACAGGUUAGCACCAACGAGUUUCGUUGACAUUUUCCCCGGAAUUAUACUUCUACCAAUAUAUAUUGAACCAACGGAAAUUCUCAACAAUCAACAUCACCAAUCGACAAUGUUUCUCCUUCGAAUUUCAGUGUAAGUUGAAGUUCUAACUUAUAACCAUGAAAAACUAAUCGAAGCAUUUAUCAAAAAUAAACUAAGUGAAGCGUAUUUUUAAUCAAAUAUAUAAAAUAAAAACGAAAUAGCAAUGGAUCAUCAUCAUCGUCGCUGGUACUCAAAAGCUACAAGCCCUAGCGGUAGCAGAAGUUGAAGUAGCAAAAUACCAAUGAUAUACGAUAUGGGCCUUAGGCCUAAAACAGCAAAUUUUCUUCUGUUUAUAUCUUAAUUGAACCAAAUCAAACCAAAACUGAGCCGAUUAUUUUUUUUCAAUCCAAAAGUGAAAAGUAGGACAAAACCAACCAGUUAAACCGAAUUAAUAUUUUGUAUUUAUUAAAUAAAACUGUCUUUUUUAAAAAUAG